AUGUAUUCCGAUGAUUCAGCGGGACGUGCUUGGAAUUUAAUUGAAGUUAUUUGGCACUGUGUAAUGUUCGACGCUUACAGUCAUGAUGAUAUUACAUGCAGUUCUGUAAAUAUAAAAUUGCUUAAAGCAUUCUCAGCUUCUGACUACAUGAUGAGUUUCGUUCAUGAGCUUGAAAAUAUGAAAACAAUUCUCGUCAUCUGUUUUAAUUUCUCUGCAAUUUUUAAGAGUUGA